AUGGCUCUUUGCGCUCUGCUCUUCUUGACAGUUUAUCUUGUCACCUUCGGUCGCUGUCAAAGCUCGAUGGAAUUUAGUUUCCCUCCAAAUGCCACCCAGGCUUACGACGACACGACAAUUGCCAAUAUCUCUGUGCACUUCAACGACAAUAUGAUCUUGGAAUACCAACUGCCUGACAGCGAUGGCCAACUAGCAGUGACGCAGUAUUGCUAUGCCAGCAUCAAAGACAUGGAGAACGAUAACGGCGCCACAUUCGAUAAAACCGAGACCUACAAUAACACAGGAACGCUUCAUUGGAACAUUGGAAACGGCAACGGCGGCAACUAUACCGGGAUCAACCUUUGCAGACUCUUCAUAGCGAAUUACACCAUCGUAAACUGCCAAUGGGGCCCAUGGGGUAUUGUGAACUGGAAUCAAACCGAUGACACUCUGUUGUACUCGCAACUCUUCAACAUAUCUGCAGCGAAGAAUGGGACCAAGCCUGCGGUUAUAUCGAACAACAAAACACCCACUUCGAAACAGGUCACUGCCACAGCGGGGACAGUGACUUGCCCUCCUUCUGGAAUACCCGCGAGCCCGAUAUAUACUCCAGUUCCCACAGUUGAGCAGAUUCCUCCUAUGGCGGGCAACUUGACAUUCCCUUCCUGA